CGCUCGGCGCUGGGAGUCAUCCUUCGCCUCCAGGAUUGGGCACCCGGAGGUGUGGGCUGGGAGUCCCGUCCUCAGAGGCCUCCAGCUGGGGGCGCUCAGCGGGCCUCAGGCUUCUUCCACAGUCUUGCAGCCAGAAGCCGCCGAUCGGAACCCUGGAUUUACCUCUCAAAGGUUUUUAGGAAAGUUGAAACCGCAGCCAGGCAGGCGUGGGGGAAUUUGCAGAUUUGUGCAGUGGCAUCUCUCCGUCCUCCUGCAGAAGACCCCUAAGGAACACAGCUCUGGUUGAAGAAAUUACUUCACCAUAAAGAAAAUGGAUGAUUCCUCAAAUACUUCAGGGACUGCUGUUCCCAAAUCAGAGAAGCGACACCCAGGAAAAGUACAUUUCGCUGAUACUACAGAGACAAGGAUAUUUCUACCGUUUAAUACAGAGACUUCAGUUCGAAUAAUACAGAGAGCUUGGCUAGCUUACUUGGACAAAAUGAUGUUUCGACUCCUAAAGCAUACAAUUUGUGCAGUGGAAUAUCGUGUGACACAUGAAAUACUGAAGAAAGUGAGCCCCUCAGAGGCUGAACUUGUUAAAGAUCCUACCAUGAAGUGUAAAGUCAGAUUCAGAUUUAGUGGUGAAACAUUUCCACCUUUCAUCGUGUUUAAGAUUUUUCAUCAUACUGAAGGCCAUGGAUGCAAGUAUUUUAGUGGGAAAAAUAUGCUAAAGCCAUGCAGUGAGGGAGUAAGUGAUGCUUGCAAAAUCAUGGGCAAAAAGAAAUUUUAUAAUCAAAUUAUGGAAGAUGAACGUCUUUUCCAGAAAUUCAAAGUAACUGACCAUAUAGAUAUUGUCACCAUGAAAGAUUACAUGCAGUAUUCCAGUCUUCUGGAUGAGACCCCCGCAUCUUCUGGUGGCAAAAAUAACUACUGGCGAAAAUUAAACCUUGAAAACAUCCCCAGGACAAUGAUGAUAUAUGACAUACUUGAUUAUGCGGAGUCUAGAGUAAUCUCAAACCGUCUACAAAAAGAAAUGAAGUAUCUGUUACAGAGACCACGAACAGAAGAAAUGCGUCAGCACCAGCUACAGAUUGUUUCUGAAGUUAGAUAUCCUACAUCCUUCACCAAUAGCCCAUCUUCAUCUCGGCUCUCCUACCUCCAAAGCCAAUGCAAACACCUGGGACGUCGAUCCAAGCAAGCUAAAAUCAAAGUUGAAAAAAUGAAGAAAGCUUAUAAGACGGGUAAAGAAAAACCUGCUGUUGAGAAACUGAAAACGGAAACACCAACUCAAAAGCCACAAGAGACAAUCAUCCUCUCCACCCCAUCUUUUGACAUUGUGGAGAUGAAAGAAUCUGCAUCAGAUACCGAAUUGGAAAAAGAAGAAAAGGAAUUAUUUGCCUGGUGUGAAAACUUGCAUAUUGAUAAAUCUCCAUCAUCUUAAUGCAUAGCUAACUGAUAGAAAGCCAACCUUGUUUAGCAAUCUGCCUGUCUAUAAAUGAUGAGCGUGAGUCAUAGAGGAAAAUAAAAUAGAAACAAGUCCUCACUAUGCUCUUGUAACUAAAUGUGUGACUUAUUUGUUAGCUCGUUUGGAUUACCAUAGGUGCAGAUAUUUUUACCAACAGAAUUUUAAUCUAAAUUAUUUCUGUUAGAUGCCUUCCAACUCGCGGUAUACUGUUUUGUUCAAGAAAUAAUGAGUAAA